AUGUCCACCUCCAAAUCCAUGGAUAAAUCCUUAAAUGACUAUGAGCUUGGCCAGGUUCAAACGGGUUUUGCAAUAAUCCAGCGUAAUAUGUCCCCAUCUCAACCUGGUGAAAGAAGAGGCCGAAGAAAGCAAGCCGAGCCAGGGAGAUUUCUUGGGGUGAGGCGGCGCCCUUGGGGCAGAUAUGCUGCCGAAAUCAGAGACCCAACAACUAAAGAAAGGCACUGGCUCGGCACAUUCGACACUGCUCAGGAAGCAGCUCUUGCUUAUGACAGGGCUGCAUUGUCCAUUAAAGGCACCCAAGCAAGAACCAACUUCGUAUACGCUGACAACUCCACCUUCCACACUCUUCUCACACCAUUUGAUGUUCAAGCCCUCUUACCAACAUCACAGUUCCUCACUACUACUCAGACCAAACAACCCACCAACAGGAAAAGUACUGCACCUAAGCCUAACACUACUUUUCAGAGUGAGAACCCUACCCUGUUGAAUAACAACAUUGCGUGUGCAGAAACUUCAUAUGGGAAAGCAGAUGACAAUAGUUUCUUCUUUUCUGAUGAUUCUAACUCGGGCUACUUGGGAUGCAUAGUUCCUGACAACUGCUUGAGACCUCCUUCCAAUCCCACUACUCCAAAGCCCACCAAUUUUAGUGCUUCAAAUGAUCAAAGCUCUUGCUAUGUGAACACGGAUUCCAUGGAAAUUCAAUCACAUUGUGACAGCAAUGCGCUUCCUUUAGACUCUGUGAAUGUGCCACCAACAGCAUCAGAUUACGCUGGAGAUUUUCCUGGCUUCUAUGAACUGAAUCCUGAAUUGUGGGAUAUACAGCAGUCAUGGGGGUCGAAAUCCAGUGAAGUCUCAGCCAUGACCGACAACCCGUUGAUGGUGGAAGAUGGGUGCAUGGGUGCUUUGUAUCCAAUCAUUGACAAUCCUAGUUAUGGGAUAAUGCCUCCGGCCUCUUCCUCAACCUCUUGCUCUCCAUUAUUUUCUCCUUAUGGUGAUGGAGUUGACUUUGGCUAUUCACUCUUUUGA